AACAACAUUUUGUUUGAAAUUUGGCCCGGCUUGGGCGUCACAACGAGGACGGAAAGAAUGGGACGGCGCCGCACCGAGCCGGCCGUAGGCCGUCCCCCACACCGCAGUACCACUCUAGUUUUGUUAAUUUUUUUUUGUCAACUUUUUCCCAUAUUCUGUUAUUAAUCGAGUGCAGAAGAACCCUAAACCCUAAUUUCCUUUGACCUUCGAAUUUGCAAAAGUAACGAUGGUGCCAGAGUUGUGUACUCCUCUUUCGUCCGCCUGCUAUUCAUCUCCGGAAAUCAUUCUCGCUCCAUUCAUGCUUAUCACAACAAGUUUUAGGUAAUGAUCAUGCGGAUCUUUGGAAUCAACUAUGGCAUGAAUGCGCGGGCCUCACCGUUAAAGUUCCUCAGAUAGGUGAAAGGGUUUUCUAUUUCCCUCAAGGCCACCAUGAGCAGAUUGAGGCAUGCAUGGAGGAUGAAGAUGACAUAACCAUACAUAACUAUGAUUUACCUCCAAAGAUUCUUUUCAAGGUUGUUAAUGUUGAGCUAAAGGCAUACCCGGACUCAGAUGAGGUGUAUGCUAAGUUUCUGUUGCUUCCAGAUGUAAGGCAUUUACGUCACCCCGUAUUUUUAUCGAGUGAAAAUGGAGAAGGUGAUGGAUCAACUGUUAGAAGUGUUCCUCAAAAGAUUCCCGCAAGUUCUUUCCGGAAGAUUCUGAGCGUUUCAGAUGCAAGCACACAUGGGGGAUGUGUCUUACCCAAGUUAGGUGUUGAAAAAACAUUUCCUCCUUUGGAUGCGAGUCAGGAUCAAGCAUCCCAACCUUUGGUGGCCAAGGAUCUACAUGGGGCAGAAUGGGGUUUCCAACAUGUUUAUCGUGGCAGUCCAAAGAGACAUAUGCUAGUGAAUGGUUGGAAUAAAUUCGCAAGUGCAAAAAGGCUUAAAGCGGGUGACACUUGCAUCUUCAUGAGAGGACUAGAGCGAAACGAAAUUUAUAUCGGCAUUCAACGAGCUGUUAGUAUGCAAAAAGCAUCUAAAGAUUUAACGGGAUCUGCUAUGCGACGUGGCGUGCUAGUUGAUGCCUCUGUUUCCAUGACCACAAAAACUUACUUCACCGUAAUCUAUCAUCCUAGGAUGUGUUGUUCUGCUUUUAUAGUUCCGUAUCAUGUUGUUAUGGAAGCACUAAGCGUCAACUAUUCUGCCGGAAUGCGUUUUGAAACGCUUGAUGACCCUGAAGAUAUGUCGAGAAAAUUUUAUGGGAUAAUAACUGCAAAUGAAGAUGUUGACCCUGCUAGGUGGCCAAAUUCUGAAUGGCGAUGCCUUAAGGUUCAAUGGGAUGUCGCACCAUUCAGUCAUCUGGCUCCUCGUAGAGUUUGCCCGUGGGACAUUCAACCUCGAGCUUUAGAUGUGCCACAUAUGCCAUCGUCUAUUUCCGUUAACCGAAAGCGGUCGAUGCCUUUUGAGCCCGUUAUCCGUAGUAACCCACUGUCUAGAACCAAUGAAAAUAAUCAAUCGGAUGGUUCGCUAAGUCUAGCCUUGACUCUUUCUGUUGGCGGCAUUGGUGGUUCCUCGCGCCAGAAUGAGACAAACUUGGCUGAAGAUGUAAAGGUGGGCGAAGAUAAGUCUGUGAAUCGAACCAUGGUUUCCAACAAGUCAAAGGGGAAAGAGGUUUGUGGAGGGAACCAGAACGCCUAGCCGCUAUCCAACCCGAUUGGCUGCUUUUCUGCAUUGUGGCUUCUUUCCGUUAAUAAAGUAGUGAACUUCUGUUUUAUGGUUUGUAAUAAAAUGGCUCAUGGACCAUGGCUUGGAGAAUGCUUUUGAUGGAUUUUUAAACGAUCGGUCUUUGUUUUCUUGGAA